AGAGCUCUGGAAACCCUGAGAAACGAAAGCCAAUCGACAGUAAGAUCGGGGCAAGCUCUGUGAACUUCCUAAGGGAGGACGCGAACUCAAGUUUCGAAGGCGAUUGUUUGUGAAGUGCAUUCGGAAUGAAUGACGACGAAGAAAUCCAUAGAGAAGAUCUCCAGAAGUUAGAGGCCGAUUCCCCUCUUAAUAUGGAAGACGAUGACCUGGAAGAAGAUGCAAAUACAGUAGAGACAGCCGAUUGUGAAGCACUGGGAAAAGAAGGCUCGAAAGUGGUGGUUAAGACAUCUUACGAUGUAAAACUGAGAGAGCUUUUGCGGAAUAUACACUCAGUCGAAGCUAAGAUAUACUCAGAAGCUUCAAAAGAAUUCAUGAGGCUACUAAGAAGCGAUUCAGGUGGUGAAAUGCUUCAUCAAUAUGUUCAGGCUUCGCCUUUAUUCUCAGAGCUCAUGGAGGCUUGGAAACUUCGACAGGGGAAACCUGGUAUGAUGUUUGUUCAGUCAUUAAUAUCAGUCAUUUUGGAUCACCCUGAUGGAAAAUAUAAGUCCGAUGAUAUCGGAAGAAUCACUAUAAGCCGGAGAUUGGACAAGUUUGCUCGUUCAAUUAUUGAAACCAAGCUGGAAGAUAUUUACACAGAGCUUAACAGCAAGGAAGCAAAACGUCAAAAUGCAGCAUUGUUGUUAAUGGCUGCAGUUGUUAGGCGUGGUGUGGGUUUAGCUUCUGAGGUUGCUAGGAGUUUUGAUUUUAAGCUUCCCGGGUUUCCUAAGCUCUCGGAAUAUCAACAGAACAAAGUUGGGAAGAAGGGAAAGCAUUCAACAAGACGUUCAUUUAUUGAAUUUUCAAUGUCAUUUCUGGAGGUUGGGAAUCCAAGGCUUUUAAGGUGGAUCUUACAGCAGAAGGACAUGUAUUCGGGUGUUCUACGUGGUCUUGGCAGCGAUGAUGAUGACACUGUAGUUUAUGUGCUCUCAACAUUGCGAGAUAGAGUUCUCACCCUACAGUCCUUGGUGCCCCCAGGUCUUCGGAGCGUUCUCUUUGGAAGUGUUACUCUGGAUCAAUUAAUUAUAAUUUCAGGGAAUCAGCUUGGUGGGCCUGCUGCUGAUAUUGCACACAAGGUUCUAGUUAUGGUUUGCACAGAUCCUUGUAACGGUUUGAUGCCUGUUUCGAAGGUGGGUACAAAUCCAUUAAAGGGUAAUCUUAAGAGACUAUUGGAUGUCAUGAAGAAGCUAAAAGCAACCGAGAUCACUUGUCACAGAGAGUUACUUCUGGGUAUUGUUACUGGUAGCCCAUUAUUGGGUUCUGCAUACAUGGAUGAAUUCCCAUAUAGUCUUGAACCUCGCGCAUCGCCUACAUGGUUUGCUGCCGUAUCCUUGGCAGCUGACCUGGUUUCCUCAGCAAUCACUAGUCAUCCUUUUAGUUCCCUUUCUUCCCAGUCCCAAGAUCCGCCUUUUCUAGACAGUUUGGAGGUACAAUCUAUGUUGAAAUGUAUAGUUCCCCGUGCAUUCAGUCGCAUGGUUAUCAACAGGGGCUUACUUCACUCCGAUGCUGUGGUGAAGCAUGGAUCUUUAAGGCUUCUUCUGGAAGCGCUGAAGUCAUUGGCUAGGUUACUUGCUGCCAUAGACUGUGCUUCUAGUAACCGAACAUUGCAGAGGUGGUUAUCUCUCAAGCAAGAAAUUCAGGAUGAAGCUAGAGCUUUGCUGCCUGAUCCUCAAGUGCUGUUGAAGUUGCUUUCUUCCUUGAGUUCUAGCCGCUCCAAAGCUUCGAAGACAAGCUUAAAGAGAGCAAGAAAAUCUGAAGACUUGCCUGAUGUUUAUCAUAGGGAUGAAGUGAAGAAAUUGAAAUCUGAUAUGGUAGAUGGGGAUUUUGAUAUCCUUAUAAGUGGGAUAAGCACCGAAUCUGAGACUGCUUUACAGGGUGAGACUGAAAAAAUCACAGGUUCCUAUACUGUGGAGGAGUUGGACCAUGAAAUGGAUUACAUGAAGGUUAUAUUUGGAAUAUGGGGUUUAAAUGGGUGCUCAAUUAUUGGGGAUGAACUGAAUGAUGUUGACGUAUACUUCCACUCAAAAUUGCUUGAUGCAUUGACAUUAUAUCUUCGAACUAUGCCUAUUGCACUGGAGAGAUCGUUUGAUUUCUUUAAGCUUCUUCCCGGUGAUCCAUUAGGUUUAUCAAUUAUCCUGCAGCAAUCCUUACUCCAGCUCUUAGUAGAACACAUUGGGUGGUCCCCUGGGAAUGAGGUAUCCACAAGUAUGCCUGAAUUGAUGUACAGGCAUCUACAUCAAUUCAUCAACCUGUUGAUGUUUGCACCGAUCAAAGGCAUAAAGGAUCAGGCAUUUGUCCUGGCCCGGGAAGCGAUGUUAAGCACUGGUGCUUUUGAUAGAACCAAAAGGGAGAUUGAUGCAUGGUUCCUAUUUUUACCAGGUUACAGUAGAAAUACAUCUUCUUGGGGAACUCAGGAGGUUGAAGUUUUUCGAGACAUGUCUGCAGUUGUUGUCUCAUUCCUAUGUGAUGCUGUAUCUACCAUUGGAAAUAACUUUUAUAAGUAUUUGGAUCUUAUGCGGUCUCUUAUCACCAAUUCAAAAGGCUUUGAAGAUAUUUCUCCUGAUUUCAGUCCCCUCGUCAUCUGUGUCUUACAGAAGUGCCUAAGGUUGCUGGAUGCUGACUCUAAAACGUUCAAGUUAUCUGAGAAAACAAUGAUUUCAAUAUAUGUGUGCAAUACCUUAACUUUUCUCUUACAAACCCAGGUGGAGGGAGGAUUGUUAUCUGCAGUGAUUGAAUUGGUUUUAACUGAAAGAUUUGAGGGUUCUGUCUCAAUCGAUGGUGAUUCAAGGAAAUUUCCUUGUGAGUGGAGGCCGUUGAAGAAAUUAUUUCUCUUGGCACAGAGUAUCUCACGUAAACAAGCUUGUAAUAACAUGUGUUCAGUAGGUCAAAAAACAAUGGAUACAGGUGGUGGUUCUUUGGUCAAAACACUUGCUGAAGUGAAAAAGAUCAUAAAAAGUGCUAGUGGUGAGGGAUUAGUUGAAGUAGCAAUAGCUUUUUCUGCGUCCAUAAUUUGUGCAACACCUGAUGAGAUAGUUGAGAAUUUUCCUUCAGUUUUAACUGUUUCGCAGCACCUUCUUGGAGCACCUCUGUCGUUCCUAUUGACUAAAGUUUUCCUUGAAUCACACCUUAUUGUGGAUGUUGCUAAGUUGUGGCCACAUAUAUUCUCUUCUGGUUUGGCAAUGGUUGGGGCAACGAGGAAUGGUGGCUCCAAUAAUGUCACACACUCCUCAUGUGCUGGAGAACUACUUUGUAGCCUGGACUUUGAUUCAAUGGAGUCUAUUUCAGUGGCAUUCAGUUUCUUUCUGAAGCAGGCAUCUUUCUAUGCAUUAUUUCCAGCAAUUGUAACCAUUGGCAGUUCUUAUUUGUCAGAUCCAACCAAAAAACUUGACAUGCUUCUUGCUAAACUAUGUGAAGGAUCAGUUGAUGAUUCCAUUGCGUCAUUGCGCCUUAUACUGUUCUGGGUCUAUCAGAUACAAUCAUCCUUCAGAACUGAAUCAUCAGGUGAAUUGGAACAGCUCUUCGAAACUUGCUUUAUUCUCAUAAAAAAUGUAUUGAAACGACUUUUGGCUGUGAAACCUGAUAUAGAUAGUUCAACGGCUUGUUCGAGUCCUAUUAUUGCUCCAUAUAUUUCUGAAGUAGUUGAAACCAUUUUCCAUCAUCCUGUUGUGGUGACAUCCUUGGCAAGACCAUUCUGUUAUACUGAGGAACUUGCAAGUGGAAGCAUUGGGGACAGUUUAGAGGAUUUUCUUAGUUUUUCAAAACAGAGGAUUCAUCCCAUGGACCAUCACAUUUUGGAUGUCUUAACAACUGUUUCUGACUACCUUUCUUCAUGCAAUGGCCAGAAUUUUGUGCCUGAAGUCCAUGACACUUUCAAGAAAUGCGUUGGUAAGGCUUUUGAAGUGUUGUUUCAGAGGUUGUUUCUAGGAUUUAUGGAAAAGUUUGAUCUGUGUGUUAGUACUAAAACUUUGAUGCAGCUUGCCCCAACCUUCUACAUAUUUCAUGCCCUGAGUCAUUUCAUAUCCCCUUUUCAGUCAUUGGAACUUGUGGAGUGGAUAUUCAGUAAAGCUGAUUGGGAUGACCCAUCAGUUGGGGAAUCUUUCAAGGUUUCAGCCCUCUCUGUUGGAAUAUAUAUUGCUGCUUGUGCCUUUGACAUGCUAUCCAGUUGCUUGUACCAACCAAACACAAAGGUGAUAACAUCCCAUUGGUUUUGGGAUGUAGAGGGAAGAAAUUUUGAUGUUACUCUUCUUGAGAAAAUUUACUGUAGGGUUGUGGAAUUUGCCACCUCUAUCAGAUUAGAUUGUGCAGAUUUAUGUUUGUUAAAAGCUGUAAAUGCUGUGUAUAGACAGAAGCACAUGCAACCUCACACUUCUAUGCUGCCAUUAACUAUGGAAUUGUCGAGGGUGGUUACAAGCAGUCCUUUAUCACUGCUCUCUCAUUGCAUUCAUAAGACAAGCAAAACCAGAGCAAAAUUAUUGGUUCUACUCACUGAAGUAAGCCCUGUGCAUUUAUCCCACUUUGGUCAGAUAUUUUUUGGUAUUCUGAGCAAAAAUUUGUCAGUAGCAGGCUGUGCAGCCGAAACGUGCUGCAGCUCUGCUCUUUCAGAUGAGGAAUUUCUGAUGCUCUUACCUACUGUUUUGUCAUACUUGAACUCUAGCCUCUUAAAAUUUGGGAAGCAGCACUUCAAACAGUUUGAAAGUGUAAUAUCAUUUUAUUCAAGAAUUCUCUUGGCCGGUUUCUUGAAUUGGAAAUGCUAUGUGUCUCAGCACAUUUUCAUUGAAGAAUAUGGUGAAUUGUUACCUUCCUCUGCCGAAGAGCUUCUUAAUCUUGUAAAUGGAAGUCUACUUGGGAAAACAAUUCUUAUGUUGCAGUACUACUACUCUUUUAAUAGGGAUUCAAUGAGGAUUAAUUCUAGUUAUCUGCAUUCUGGUCCUCAUGAUGAUUUACUAGAUUGUGAUACUAGUGAGAUCAAUUUAUGUUCCCUUAACCAAUUAUUGAACUUAAUAAAUAGAAUUGUUGCAAAGAUAUCUUUUUCAAGGGUACUGUUAUUUCCUGAGGACAAUGUAAUUCAGUCUUUGCCAACAAAAGCAGAUGGGGAUCUAAAGGAGUUGACUUUGGGAAGAGUAUCUAAGAAAGAAGACAGGCAGAGACUAAGGUUUCUGAACAUUUUGGUGAAUACUUGGCAUAGGAUUGUCAGGAUCACCAACAAUUGUGAAACCUCAAAUGGUACUGAGAGUUUACAGUUGGUAAAAUUCUUAGAAGCUUUUGUUUUGAGAAGCAUAUUUCAAUUCACUGAGAAGAUGCAGAGCACUCUUAUCCAAUUGCAUUCUCUUCCCUUUUUAGAACAGUUCACCAGAUUAUGUCUUCUUCAUAGGUUUGAGGAUCCUGCAACUAUGAAUGUGCUUUGUGGUGUUCUUACUUUGCUAUCUGGAGGGAAAUUUCCAUGUGCUAUGGCUUUUGAGUUGUUGCUUGCACAUUCUCAAUUUGUCCCUACUAUCCUUUGGAGUGACUUAACCUCUGAUUUUUCUGGCCUUUCAUCUUCUGGAACUUUGUUGAGACCUAUAUCUAGCAUUCUGAAAUCAUUCUUCUUUCCUUAUAAAAGUGGAGCAGAUGGCAAGAGUGAUGGUGUUGGCACAUCUGCUUCAUACCAGAAAAAGUUGGCAGUAAUUAAGCUACUCCGAGUUUUGUAUCAUCUGAAGGCUCAUCAAGAUAGUAUUGAUUCUGGAAAUGAUUUUGGCAUGAAGUCCAGAGAACUGCUUUCUUUGCUUUUAUCUUGUUACAGGGCCACUCUCAGUGAAGUUGACUUGGAAAUAGUCAAUCUCAUGAAUGAAAUUGAAUCUAUUGAAGGAUCAGAUCGUGGAAGCAUCGCUGAAAUGGAUUACUUGUGGGGAAGUUCUGCUUUAAAAAUUAGAAGCGAACAGACUCUCGAAAAAAUUCUCUCAACAAAUAGUGUUAUUGAUUGUGAGACUGUUGAAGAACGGCGCCGAAGGCGAUUUAGGGAGAACCUCCCAAUUGACUCUAAAUUAUGUGUAAAGACAGUUCUAUAUUUUCCCUUUGAUAGGAUUGCAUGUAGUGGACCUUCAGACGUGGAGAAGUUUCGACAGGAUAAUCUCAUGGAUACGCUUGAGCAGAUGCCAUCCACAAGUGUUGAGAGGAUACUGCGAUAUGAUCCUGUUUUUAUCUUGCGCUUCUCAAUCCAUGCUCUGUCAAUGGGAUACAUUGAACCUAUGGAGUUUGCAGCUCUAGGCUUGCUGGGGAUAGCAUUUGUUAGCAUAACUUCUCCUGAUGAAGGGAUGAGGAAAUUGGGUUAUGAGGUCCUUGGAAGAUUCAAGAGUGCUUUGGAGAACUGCAGAAACAGGAAGGAGGGAUUACGGCUUCAGCUUCUAUUGACAUAUUUGCAAAAUGGAAUAGAAGAUCCAUGGCAAAAAAUUCCUUCACUGAUAGGCAUUUUUGCGGCUGAGGCAUCUUUCAUAUUGUUGGAUCCUUCACAUGAACAUUACGUUACUAUGAGUAAACUUUUGAUGAGAUCACCUAGGGUGAACUUGAAGUCUAUACCUUUAUUUCAUACUUUCUUUGGUAGUAGCUCGGUUAAUUUCAAAGGAGACAGAUUGUGGCUUCUUCGGUUAUCAUAUGCAGGGUUGAAUUUAGAUGAUGAUGCUCAAAUAUUUAAGAGGAAAUGCAUUAUUGAGAAUUUGAUGGGAUUUUACGCUUCUUCUCUCUCAGAUUAUGAGUCAAGAAUACUAAUUCUUCAGAUAGUGAAGAAGUCUAUUAAAUCGCAAGUGCUAGUUCGUUAUCUAGUUGAAUAUUGUGGUUUAAUUUCAUGGUUAUCAUCUGUUGUCUCAUUCAGUAUUGAGACGUUAUAUGGAGAUCCGGAAAAUCAUCUUGUAACACAGUUGACAAUGGUUCUAGAGGUAACUGUGGGCAUUAUUUCUUUUAGAAAUGUGACCGAGUGGCUGCAAAAGUAUGGCCUUGAGCAACUAUGUGAAUUGUCAUUUGAUCUGCAGAAACUCUUAGCAGCUGGCAUAAAGUUGAUUAAGCAGAAUGUUGCUUUGGUUAAUUCAAUUUUACAGUUACUGGUAUCAACAUUCAGGAUUUCUCAAAAAAGAAAAAUGUACCAACCACAUAUUACUUUAUCAUUUGAGGGCUUAUUUCAACUAUUUCUAGCCAUUGAUGAUGGAUUCAAUAACAUGGAAUCUGGCCUCACGGCUGGGCUUGGACUAAGAGCCAUACUUAUGAGCACACCACCAAUUUUCACAUUUCAGAAGGAUAGAGAAAAAUUCUCAAAGCUUGUUAUUUGGGCGAUUUGUGCUACUCUACGGUCAUCCUCCACGCAGACGGUGCUACUUGAAGAAUCUAAGCCCAAAAUCACAAUUUUCUCAGAGAAGGAACAAUGUGAAGACUCUCUAAUGUCAAAGCUUUUACGCUGGAUUACGGCUUCAGUAAUUCUAGGAAGAGUUUCAACCAAGUCUUGUCUUGCAAAGACUAUUUCUUCACAAAUAUCAAAUGUAGAGACCCUACAGUCCCUGUUGGACCACAUCAAGAAAGGUAACGGUGAAUCUAGAGAAAGCAGUUAUGGUAAUGACAAGGCAUUGGCUGCUAUGAUUUUGUACCUCCUGCAGCUACUUGGAUCAAACUGCAGAGUCCUUCCUUCAGUCAUCUCAGCACUUUGUCUCUUGCUCCUUUCUGAUGCCUCUACUUCUACAGAAACAGAGCUGUUAGUUGUUGAUCAUCACAGCCUUUUGGCAUCCCUAUGUUCCAAGAUUCGUUGCCCUGCUGAAGCUAAACCUUCUUGGAGAUGGUCAUUUUACCAACCAUGGAAGGACCUCUCAUCAGAAUUAACUGACUUACAGAAGUUGGAGGAACACCAUGCCUGUCAGGCUCUUCUAGUGAUUUUUUCGAAUGCUCUUGGAGUGAGAUCAUUAGACUUGCCGAUUUUAUCCUAUGAAGAUGUGGAGAAUUCAGGUUUAUUUUUGUGGGAAAGAAGCAUGCUUAAUACUGAGUGAUGAUCCAGGAAAAUUUUCUGCAUUUAGAUUUCCAGCAGACUUGAUUUCAUUCAUAUGUCUGGAUUCCCUGGUU